AUGGCGAAUCGAGGGUAUGAUUUUGUUGUUGAUGUUGAUGUUGGCCAGGAGGGUGACCUAGGACAUACAGAUCUCCAAGAGGAUCUGGAGUUUCAUCGUUCCGACUUUGAAUCCCAACCCUCGAUCACCCGCAACACCUCCAAAAUCCAACCCGACAACCCCUCCUUCCUCCCCGGCCCCGCCACCUCCUCCCCCUCCUCCUCCUCCUCCCGCAAACACUACCUCUGGACCCUCUCCUUCUACGCCCAAGCCUUCGACGUCGACACAGCCGAAGUCCUCCGCCGCUGCACCGCCACCAUCUUUCCCCGCGCAAACUUCCUCGACGUCCUAGAAGGUAACCCCGAUCUCUACGGCCCCGUCUGGAUCGCUACCACCGUCGUCGUCAUCCUCUUCCUCACCGGCACUAUCAACCAGUACCUUGCUAGCCAGGGCAAACAGCAUUUUGCCUAUGAUUUCCGCCUGUUGAGUGGGGCGGCGGGGUUGGUGUAUGGGUAUACGGGGCUGGUGCCUGUGGGGUUGUGGGCGGUGUUGCGGUGGUAUGGGAGUGAGAGUGCGAAUUUGCUGGAGUGUGCUUGUUUGUAUGGGUAUGCGAAUUUGGUUUGGAUUUUGGUGGCGUUGGUGAGUUGGAGUCCGGUUAGUAUCCUCAACUACAUCUUCGCCGCCCUCGGCUUUGCCUUUAGCGCCUUUUUUCUCCUCCGCAACCUCUACCCCGUCCUCAGCACCACAGAGGCAAAGACGAGCAAGAUCCUCCUCAUCGUCGUGCUCGUCCUGCAUGCCGGCUUUGCCAUUGCUAUCAAGGUUUUGUUUUUUGCGGCUACGAGUCCGGUGGGGCCGGAUAAGGGGGAUGGGGAGGGAAAGGGGGGGUUGAUUUGA